AUGCGAAACUAUAAAGCAGAGACCGCCGGGAUAUGGUUUAUGCAAGCUGUAAUGUGGAUAUGGUCAUUUGUGGCGAUCAAUGAGUUUUGGAAUAUUUAUUGGAGUGAUUUGAGAUUGAGGGAGGAUAUUUUGAAUAGGGAUUACGAAGAGGAGCAAGACACUCCCGCUCCUGGGGCCGACCACGAUUUUCCAGUCCGUUCCUGGGGCCGACCACGAUUUUCACAACAAGAACCGGAAAUCCAAAAUGAUAGUCGAAACACAGAAGAGCAAGAUCCAUUACACAAAAGUUUUCGCCUCAGGAAUAUCCCAAGGUAUCUAGAAGCACUACUCGAACGUCUUUGGAACAUGAAGCCGUUCAAGAAGACCCCAAGCGGAUGUGAAUGCAAAAUCUGUUUUGUUGAGUACAGUACCACCAGGCUUCCGAGAAUGCUCAGCGGGUGUGGACACACGAUUUGUGAGCAGUGCGCUGGUCAAUUGUUGAAAAGUGGUACUAGUACAUCAUUUAUUACAUUCUACAUAGCCAGUAGGUCCAUUAGAUGCCCAUUUUGUCGGGAGAAUACUGUAGUGCAAGGCACCGUGCAGCAGAUGCCAAAGAACUAUGAGUUGAUGGAAGUAAUUGGAAUUUGA